CCGUCGGGUUCUGAACCGGGCCCGGGAAAAGCAGGGGCUGGUGCCUGGCCCUGCAGCAGGAUGUGCUCCCUGGCGCUGUUCCCGCCCCCGCCUGCCCCCGGAGAUGUCACCCUGUACGAAUUUAACAACGCGCUGGUCUCCGGCCACAUCUACGAGAAGCUCCCGCUCGCUUUCCAAGACCAGUUGGCUGAUCUGCCUGUCCUAACCGUCCCCAAGGAAACCCUGAAAGCUCACAGCCGGCUGGAGCAUAGCACAAAACCUGCCUUCAUCCACCACCAGGAGACCCUCUGGAAGAGAUGUCUCAAUGCAUGGCGCGAUGUGGGAAUGUGUGGGGUGCUUAACGAGAUAGCAAAUGCGGAGGAGGCAGAUCUCCAGUGGAUGAAAACAGGAUCACGCUGGGCUUUGGCUCUGUGCCACUGGGUCUCCUCUCUCCACGGCUCCCUGUUUCCCCAUUUGUCACUAUGCAGUGAAGACAUGAUUGCGGAGUUCUCCCAAGCGGUGGACUGGGCUGGCUGCUCCAUCCGGGCUUUUGCCUGGCACCCUCACACCAGCAAGUUUGCGGUGGCCCUUUUGGACGACUCCAUCCGAGUUUACAACACAAACAGCACGACGGUCCCCAUCCUGAAACACCGCUUGCAGAGGAAUGUGGCCUCGAUGGCAUGGAAGCCACUGUGUGCAUCCAUCCUCGCCGUGGCAUGCCAGAGCUGUGUCUUGCUUUGGCACUUGGAUCCUACUUCCCUUUCCACCAGGCCUUCCUCUGGCUGCGCCCAGGUGCUUGCCUACCCCGGUCACAGUCCCGUCACCAGCCUGGCAUGGGCCCCCAGUGGAGAGAUGCUGCUCUCGGCCUCGCCUGUUGAUACUGCCAUGCUUGUGUGGGAUGUGUCCACGGAAAACUGUGUCCCGCUGCAGUGGUUUGGAGGGGGUGGAGUCACUUACCUUGCUUGGUCACCCGAUGGCAGCAAGGUGCUAGCAGCCACACCCUCAGCAGUGUUCAGGGUUUGGGAAGCUCAAAUGUGGACGUGCGAGAGGUGGCCCACCAUCAAGGGACGCUGCCAGACAGGGUGCUGGAGCCCGGACGGCAGCCGCUUGCUCUUUACGGUCCUGGGGGAGUCAGUCAUUUACUCCUUGUCCUUCUCGGAGUACAGUGGCGAGAUGCAAGGGCAAGUAGGAGGAUCAAAAACAGCUUCUAUUGUGGCAGACCUGUCCGAGACCACCUUCGAGACGCUGUAUGGGGAGGAGAGGAUCGGAGGGGAAGUGCACGCCAUGGUCUGGGACCCCAGCGGCGAGAGGCUUGCGGCUCUCAUCAGAGGGAAUCCCGAAACCCCUGAAAGCAGGACGAUUGUUGCUGUGUUUCGUACCCGCAACAGCCCCGUGUUCGAACUCCUGCCAUGUGGCUUCCUGCAGGGGGAGCCAGGGGCUGAGCCGCAGCUGAUCGCUUUCCAUCCCUGCUUUAAGAAAGGGGCCCUCUUGACUGUGUGCUGGUCUACAGGGAGGAUCAGCCACAUCCCGUUUUUCUUUGUGAGCGCCCAGCUCCCCUGCUUCAGCCCCAGCCACAGUCCUGUUGUGGCCCUGAGCAGCAGCAGCGCCAGCGUGCGGGAGCAGCCCUUGUUUUCGGAGCUGUGA